AUGCGCGUCUUACUAUUUCUCUUUCCCAGUCCCACAUACAGAAGUAAGGACAAAAUGGCGUCUGCAGAUCUCCAGUGGCUUAUCAUCCGUAACAACUCCUGCUUCUUGAAGCAUGGGGGCGGAGUCACCAUGAGCACAGAGCCCAACAACUUGAAGAACAGGAAUUCCUUCAAGUACAAUGGUCUUAUCCACAAGAAGGCUGUAGGAGUCGAGGCUGCAGCUGACGGCAAGGGUGUUGUUCUAGUCACCAAGAAGAUCAAGGGAACCAUGAACAAGCCAGCCAAGACCUUCAACCGCGUUGAGAUGAAGAAGGAUUCUCGCCGUACCCUUACAGCUAUCCGCCGUACCCUAAAGAAGGGAUACCGAAAGGACCUAAAGAUGGCUGCCCUGAGGAGAGCUAGCGCCAUCAUCAGGAGUCAGAAGCCCAUCACAUCGGUCCAGAAGAAGCGCCCCACCAAGGCCAGGCGCACAUAGACCACCACCAUGAUGCCAUCUCCCUUCCCCGUUAGACCCAGGACUGGUUAUUCUGUUAGACGUUUACCAUCGCGUCACACACUGUAUGGCUGUUAUAAAUAAAUGACAUUCAUUAGUGCAACCAA